AUGUCCACAUCAGCAGCCUGUCCUUCCACACCACGGAAACAACUAUCUGUAUCUCCCGGCUCUCCUCAAACUGAUCUGACGGCCCCUCGGCGUCUGUCUUUAGCAAUAUGUUGCUUCUGCGGUGAUGUGUCAGGUAUGCUGGCUACUCUACAUCUUUUGCUUGGCGUGGGAUUCCGGCCAGAUUUCCAGUAUGGCGUUGGACCUACAGAUUCUGAUCAGAAGACGCUUGUUUAA